CAGAAAGAUGAGAUUGACUCCCUCGUCUUCCUUCCCGUCUAAGGAAUUUUGUUGCUUAUAAACCCUCUUCUCCAUCUUUACAAACCCACCGUAGAAGUAAUCGGUUACCGGUGCCUGUUUCCCCCCCAUCGUUCAUACAAGAAUGGAGCAACCACUGCUCAGUGAAAAAGGUGAAAUUGAGGGUAAAGAAAACGAGAAAUGGCAUUCUUAUCCAUCGGUGGGACGAACAGGGUCGACGAUCCCGACUGCUUCUGAUGUUAGUGUUGACGAAAUUCGAUCGGCUGCUACCGGUUCUGAUCGUUACCCUACUUCUCUACAUGCCCCCUUGAUGAGUUCUCCGGAGCCUCCCCCCUAUAUUCCCGAGCAACCGUUUCCAUACCAGGGUGGCUAUGGAGGGCAAUAUGGUCAAACUGAGCAUCAAGCUCAUAGACAAAUCUUGGAUGAAGUUGAGAUACGCGAGUUACUGAUUGAGCAUGUUGGCCACCGAUGCUGUUGGGGAAGCAGGCCUGCUCGAACAUGGAAGAUCCAUUCUGUAGAAGACUGCAAUGUCUAUGUUGGAACCCUUGAAACUUUUGUGGAAGAAAGAGAAGUCAUCACUGAAACAGAACCAUAUCAUGGAAACAGCAACAUUGAUGGAAAAGAUAAAGCCCCUGAACUUGGUGUUUGGGAACUGGAUUUAAGGUCAGAAUUCCCAGUUCUAUUCACUCACCACAAAGAAUCCCGUGCCCAAAUCCCCCAUUCAGAAUCCAUCAUCAAAUGCUCAGAUUGUGAAGGAAGAGGAGAUACUAUUUGUGGUAAAUGCAAUGCAGAUCAAGAACCAGGAGUUUAUAAAGAAAAUCAGAUGACUCAGUGUGGUGCCUGUUAUGGAAGGGGUUUAAUUGCUCAUAGAGAUGGAUCUGACACAAUAUGUGUGAAAUGUAAUGGGAAAGGAAAGCUACCAUGUGCAAGUUGUGGAUCUCGUGGCUUAAUCAAAUGCACGACAUGUUCAGGAAGUGGCUCGCUUUUGACACGCAAAAUAGCGCUUGUUAAAUGGGACACACACGCGACACGUAAGCUGAAUGCGACAAGUGGGGCCGCCUCGGUUCCUGAUGACGUGUUCCACAGAGCGAAGGGGGUGCAAUUGUGUAACACGCAGGCGUACAAUUGUACACCGGCUUUUUUUGCUGAUUCCUUCUUUUUGAAUCAGUUUUCUUCAGAGGUCAUAUCUGAAAGACCUGUCAUACCUGUGACUGCGAGAGUUAUAUGUGAGAGGCAUACAAUUUCUGUCAUCCCUGUUACACGUGUCACCAUGGUACAUCGUGGUCAGGCUUUUAGUUUUUAUGUUGUUGGGUUUAGUCGUGAGGUGUAUCUUAAGGAUUAUUAUCCUUCUAGGUUUUGUUGGGGGUUGUGCCCUUGCUUAGAGUGGCUCAAGUUAUAAUAAAUUGUCUUUAACAGUUUAUAUGUAAGUUUGUGAUUGUGAUUGUGAUUGUGGUUGAGCGUGAAGCAUGGAGAUGUUUUUUUUGUUUUUCUUGUUAAGUUCUUUAUGGUAUGAUAGAGUGAUUGAAUUGAGUUAUGAUAUGUGUUUGUUUGGAUAUAGUGAUGUAUGUAUAAGAUUGAAGAAAUUGUUUGAAUGAGG